GGAGCCAAUCGCAGAGAGGCGCAGGCGGGACUUCCGUUGUUACUGGCUGGCUUCACCGGCACGAGCGGGAGCGGUUGUCCGGCGCGUUCUGAACCAUCCUCGCCCUGAAAAUGCACGCGGAUGCAGUCAAUUUUCCACUAACUUCUCACCUGUCUACACUGGCCAAUAUUCACAAGAUUUACCACACCUUAAACAAACUGAAUUUGACAGAAGACAUUGGCCAAGACGACCAGCAAUCAGGAAAUCUUCGAUCUUGCAGUUGCCCCUCUGACUGCUGUAGCAAGGGAAUGCCACCCAGGAAAAAGAGGAGACCCACAGUAGCAGAUGAUCUGACAGCUAAAAAAAGCAGGCAUGAUGGAAGCAUGUACAAGAAGCAAGACUCAAAUAGGAUGAAGUCUGAAGAGGAAGGUUUCUCCACUAAGCGAUGCUUGGAGUGGUUCUAUGAGUAUGCAGUAAUGUCCUAUUAUGCAGGUAGUGAUGAUGUUAUAGGCCCUGAAGACAUGGAGAAAUUCUGUGAAGAUAUUGGAGUUGAACCUGAAAAUGUGGUGAUGUUGGUGCUUGCCUGGAAGUUGGAUGCCCAGAGCAUGGGUUACUUCACUCUACAAGAAUGGUUGAAGGGAAUGACCUUAUUACAGUGUGACACAACAGAGAAACUGAGAAAUUCAUUAGAUUACUUGAGAUCAUUGUUGAACGAACCCACAAAUUUUAAACUUGUAUACAGAUAUGCCUUUGAUUUUGCCCGGGAAAAGGACCAGCGUAGUUUGGAGAUUAGCACUGCUAAAUGCAUGCUGGGACUACUUCUAGGAAAAACCUGGCCACUCUUUCCAGCCUUCCAUCAGUUCCUUGAGCAAUCCAAGUAUAAAGUGAUCAACAAGGACCAGUGGUGCAAUGUGCUUGAAUUUAGCAGAACAAUUAACCUUGAUCUUAGCAACUAUGAUGAAGAUGGGGCUUGGCCAGUCUUAUUGGAUGAAUUUGUGGAAUGGUUUAAAGACAGACAGAUGUCCUAGCACUUAUGAUUCAGAAACAGCAGUCCAACAUCCAUUUUCAACAUUUAGCCAUAAAAGACCUAGGAAAACAGAUUUGGAAUGCAAUUUUUUGUUUUUGUCUUCCCCCUCCCCCUCAAAUCUCACCCCAAAAAAUAAGUUGCUGAAAGCAUUAAAUAUCUACAAGCACUGUGCUACAAACACCUAAAUCUGGUAUCAGAAUUUCUUCUGAGCUUGCUUUGCUUUUGUUUAAUAGGACAACAGUUAUGGUACCACAGACCACAAUGUGCUAUCUUGCUUUUGACAUUGUGAAUUCUGUGUUGUAAGCUGUUUCAUGCAGAAACCUCCAUUUUCCGAGGGAUUGUGAAUUUCAAUGAAAAUUGUAUUAAAUGGUUAAAAGUCUUAGAUGAAUAUUUGUUGAAAAGAUUUCUUAAUCUUGUGUAUGUAAGCGAAUAGAACUGUUCUGUACAACUUAACUGAUGAAAUGCAAUUAGGUUUUCUUAAAGUGUAAAUUGUUGGGCAAUAGUAUAACUGCGUUUUGAUUCAUUGCACCUAGCUGUGAUCUGUUGAAAUGACUAAUGCACCAUAUGGGUUAUAACGCUAAAUUUUGCCUUGUAUUUUCUGGCUAAUUAGCUUUUUUGUUUUGUUUUGCUUUGUGUAAUUUAGCUGCAAACAUUAAACUAUGUGCCCCCUAAAGGGCAAUUUAAUGUUACCAAGUUUUGCACGUUCUAAGAUUAAUAGAAUAUUUGAAUGUCUGUUGUGGAAAUCAACUAAUAUUCAGCUAUGUGUUUAAAAUCAUGUGCAUGAUUUUUUUUCCCAUAGUACCACUUACUGAUGAGAAAAGUGCUGACACAUUCUUAUCAGACUGUUUAAAUCUGGUGUUAAAAGUCAACUUCAUUAAUUUAACUUAGCUGGCUUGACUUUGAUUAAAACAUUGAUCUUAAUCCAAUGUGUCCUGUAUUAUAGUAUGACAGUGCCAUUAAAGGUACCUUUUGAUCAUGUCAGCAAGUGGAAGUCUGUACAUGUAAAGCAAGUGAAUUUUCUACUCUAGGUUUUUUUUCUAUUGUUCCAGACAAAUUCUGCCAAAGACCAUGGUAUUGUCUAUCUCCUCACACACAAGUUAGAUCUGGGCACUUCCUUCAAUACCAAUAUAACUUCAUUACAUGCCACAAUUUCUGAAUUUUAUUAAUGUGGUUCAUAAAUUCCCAUUGAUUUGUAAUCAGAACUUUGUAACCAGGAGUGAGAACGAGUUAUUUAUCUGUUAUUUUUGACAAUAAGGUACAUUCAGCAAUACUGGAAACCAAAACAGUUAAGGCAAGUAUUAUUUCAAGUUGAAAUGUAUGAGAAACAACUGUUCCAAUGUAAACUUUCUCUAUUAACACUUGGAAAUUGUAUCCUGCUGAAAUACAAGUAUGGAUAAAGCCAUUUUUAAUGUACAGCAGUGCAUUUAUUUUUAGUAUGACAUUAGUAAGAUCUUUUUGCCUGUUGCACUUUCGUUAUUUAAAAUAUCUGCUGUACAGUCAGUAAAUAAUAUUGCUAAGCUUGUUCAUGCCUCAUUAGUCACAUUUUACUGAUCUGGUUUAACAUCAGUGGUGAUUUUGUAGCCAUGUGAAGAGGACAGUAUUUCAUAUUUGCAGUGGGAAAAAAAAUCAAUGAUUUAAAACUAAUGGAAUUAUGUAUGUGGUCUUCAUGGAAACUUUUUAAAGUCCUGUGCUUAAUUGUCACACUUUUUUUUGUCAAGAGGAAAAAAAAAAUUUUAUUAACUCGAGGUCUGUAAUAUUAUUCAUAAAUUCAACAUCCUAAGUUCAGUCCUCUGCUUUUGUAUUCAGCUUUUCAUUUCUAAAUCUCUCUCUCUUUUAAGCACCUGUUUCUUUAGACAUGAAAAAUGAAAGCAUUUGCUUUUCUUCUCCAGUUACCUUCCUGCUCCUUUCCAAUUACUACAUUGUUGCACUUUGCACAUGUUUUUGUAUAUUCAAUAGUCUAUCAUUCCAACACAAUUGAUAGCAUGGAUGCUCAUUUUAUUGGACCUGAUUUUCAACCAAUAAUUUGCAAUAGUCUAUUUGACAUUGCACUGGAAUAUGAUAUUAUUUUUGCUUUUUCAUUUUAACUGAUUAGCGAGGGUAUAUUGAAGCUUAAUCGAGAUCAUUCCCAUGUACCUGCUUAUUUUAGUCUUGGUGAGCCCACUUAACUAAUCAAGGCUUUUAUUUUUUUGAAAAGCUAUCUCAAUUACUUGUUUGCACUUGUUCCCUGCUGCUCCAUUUUGUUUUAAAAGGCCAGCAAGUAGUGCUGCUUAGAUUAAAAGAAAGGUUGAUGGAGUUGCUUUAACCUUAUUUUAUAUCUUGCUAUGGUAAAAGUUAAUGUUAUUUUUCAUUUUUAAAAUUUGAAUUUCUCUGUUGGAAUAUUUGCACAGUGAAGAGUACAUAAAGUAAAAAGACAAUAUCCCACCUCUGGUACUUUUUGUGAAGAGUGUUGGACAGCUUGUGUUUUAUUCAUUUUCAUCGAUUUGCAGACUUCAAAGCUUCUUAACAAAUAUUCCACGUAAUAUCUCAUUACGUCAUGGUAUGUUUGUUUGUUUUUAUUUUGCAGAUAAUGUUCUUGAGUUCAAACAAUUCAGAAGUGUUUAUUUUGAUCAGUUAGCCAAAUUAGAUAUUGCUUCUAUCCAUCCAGGUGCAGGAAAUCCUUUGUAAACCCACACUUUAUGGGAACAAAGAUAGGAGGAUUCCAUAACUUUUAUAAAUAAGAACCCUAUGAACUACUGCUUAUUACAGAUAAAUGGUUUUCUACAUCUGUAUUCCUGUUUCGCUGACCUAUGAUUAUAAAUUACCUGACACUGUCAAUAUUUAUUCGUAAGUGAAAUCUGCUUGUUCGUUGAUAAAUUAUACAGUUCCACUAAUUGACCAUGAGUUCUAAUAAUGCAUUACUUACAGAUUUAUAGAAUAUCACAUGUAGUAACUCCUCUGCAGACCCAGAAUAGACCAACGCAUGCCCUUUUGUAUGGCUUCCCAAAACUACUUUUUGAAAGAUGUUUUGGUUUUGUUUUGAAAGUGCAGUAGUUUUCAAUCCAUUCCUAAACUACUGCUUGUUAAAAAUGGAAAACUAAAUUUUUAGCUUGAUCCACAAGAGAUCUUUUAUUUUGGUUCUUUUGACAAUUCUGUUCUAUCAGUUUUUGUUUUGUACUAGUUACUGUACAUGGGUUGUUUUUGUAUUUUUGUUUCAUUUCAGCUUUAAUUUUUAUGAAAUCUCUUGACAGGCUGUGUAAUACUAUUUAAGAAUGCAUGGUCAGCAAUUUUGUUGUGGAAGAAAUGACAAACUGAAUAAAUUAGCUGACUGAAGUAGCGCAACUAAACAUACUUUGCUAAUUCCUAAUUACUGUACUGCUGCUAUUUAAAGAUAUAUUUUUGAGUGUUCAUUUCUUUGGAAUGUUCGAGUAAUGGUUGCCAACUUUUAAAAUCAUGAAAUACAUAAAGUUGUCUGAACAAUUGAUCACACUAUCAAUGUGUAAAGCAUGCCAUGUGCUCAGCAACAGCUUUGCAAAGAAGUAAGUGGUGCUCCCAUUCUUGAAAAUGUUUCAUAAUUCUGAAGUCUUCCUUACUUCAACUGUAAAAUGACUUAUUAGUUGGGUGCAUUUGUUUCAAAUGUUGAGCUAAGCUUGUUUUUGUUUUAUUAGUGCACAGUAUCUGUAUUGCCUU